AUGGAUAUCGAGCUGCGAUGCUUAUCGCGCGCGCAGGCGGCGGUGAGAAACGGCGCGCGCGCGGGCGUUACUUCUCGGGGCGGCCAUCUCGGCGCGCGCGAACCGCCGUCGGACACCAACCCCCGCGACGGCGCGCGGCGCGUCGACUUCCGCGGAAAGCUCUACGUCGCGCCGCUCACGACGGUGGGGAACCUGCCGUUCCGACGCGUGUGCGUGGGCCUCGGCGCGGACGUCACCAUCUCCGAGAUGGCGAUGGCGUCCAACGUCCUCAAGGGCGACCGCGGCGAGUGGGCGCUGUUGCGGCGGCACCCGUCGGAGAAACUCUUCGGCGCGCAGGUGUGCGGCGGCUGGCCGGACCUCCUCGCGCGCUGCGGCGAGCUCCUCGACGACGAGCUCGACUGCGACUUCGUGGACGUCAACAUGGGGUGCCCGAUCGACGGCGUGUGCGCGAAAGGCGCGGGGAGUUCGCUGUUGAGAGACGCCGAGGGGGUGGCGCGGAUGGAGCGCGUCGUUCGCGCGGCGUCGCGGUCGAUGCGUCGCGCGCCGUUGACGAUAAAACUGCGCAUGGGAUACGACGACGACCCGUCGAAGCACGUCGCGCACGAGAUCGUCGCGCGCGCGAAGAGCUGGGGCGCGCACGCGGUGACGCUGCACGGCCGCACGCGGCAGCAGCGGUAUUCGCGCGCGGCGGAUUGGGCGUACGUCGAGCGUUGCGCGGCGGCGGCGCGCGAGACGUCGACCCCCCUCAUCGGCAACGGCGACGUCUUCUCGAGCGCGGAUUACGAGCGUCACAUGUCCAGCGGGUCGCUCGCGACGUGCAUGAUCGGCAGAGGCGCGCUCAUCAAGCCGUGGGUCUUGACCGAGAUUAAAGAGCGACGCGUGUGGGACAUCUCCGCGCGAGAGCGUCUGGACCUCUUCGAGCGCUUCGGCGCCUUCGGCCUCGAGCACUGGGGCGCGGACGAGAAGGGCGUGGAGACGACGCGACGGUUCAUGCUCGAGUGGAUGUCGUACACGCACCGGUACGUCCCCGUCGGGCUGCUCGAGCGCGGGGUGUCGCAGACGAUGGCGCUGCGGCCGCCCGCGUACGUCGGGAGGAGCGACCUCGAGACGUUGCUGGCGUCGGAUAAGACGGAGGACUGGCGGCGGGUGGCGCGGAUGUUUUUGGGGCCGGAGGCGCCGGGGUUUCGGUUCGUGCCGAAGCACAGGUCGAACAGUUACAGCGCGGCGUGCGACGCGGCGGCGGCGGCGCGGGGGGUUGGCGGGGGUGGGGGCGAAGAGGAGGAGGACGACGGGGAGGAGGAGGAGGAGGAGGAGAACGGGUGA